AUGGACACAACCUCAACCACCCCCAGCACCAUCCCCACCUCCAGACGCAGCAGACCCACCACCGAACAAGUCUACACCACUCUUAGUCCUCUCCUAUUCGGACCCCGCUCAACGCUCUCGGCCGUAUUCCAGCUCCUCACCCCUGCCCCUUCCCCUGCCCCUUCCUCUUCCCCAUCGCCUUCCUCAUCCCAGACGCCAUCCCAAUCUCAAUCGCAACGACAAUCCCUCCCCAACCCCCUCUUUCCAUCCUCCCCCUCCUACAACACCCGCAUCCAAUCAACCUGGCUCACCCACAACAACAACAACAACAACAACAACAACGAAGAUAACGCCCCCUCCAGCUACCCCUCCAUGGCCCAAUGGCGCGGCCUACGCACAAAACUCUGGUCGCAAGCCGGCACUAGCACGUCGCCAGAGGGGAAGCCGUUGAAAGAGGCAAAAUUGCAGAUCAACAGGCUGGAGAGGACGGGCAAGUUGGGGGUGCUGAGUAGUGCGCUGUUUGGGUCUUUUGCGGAGGACGGAGAGGAGGAGGGGGAAGGGGAAGAGGAGGAGAGAGAAGAGAUGAGAGAGAGGGAUGGUGAAGAGGAUUAUUACCCCGAGACGUUGGGUGAUCUGCUGAUGGAUAGUCUUCUUACUGGUACCGCGCAAGAUAUGAGUAUUGCAGAGGAGGUCUUGAGAGAUGUAAGGGAGAGAGGGGCCAAGGACUUGAAAGAGAGGUUGGAAGAGUUCUUGAAUGCGGCGAAUGCGACGCGGGACAGGCGACGAGUUGAUUCAUCGUCAGAGACAAGUCGUCAGGGCCCUGCAUCUGCUUGGAAUGAUUGUACGUCCAUGUAA